GGUAAGCCGUAAUUAUAUAUUUACACACUCUUUCGUCAUCGGACUUGCGACGUGUCAGCCGUUGAUCCUCGUCUCCUCCCACGUCACCCUUUUUCACCUUCCUCUCAUCCCCGGAAAAAUCAAAGCAUCACCAGAGAGAUCGACGACAUGAGAUAAGAACAGAACUCACACUUCUUCGCCAUCGCUAUGGCUCUCGAGCAUCAUCAUCAUCAUCACUUCUUUAUUCUCCGUUUCUAGGGCGAGCGAGGUUUUUUUUUUUAGAUAGGGGCUCAUGGGGUCGUCUUUUUCGAACCUCAACGGUGACAGUAAUGGUUUAGCAACCGGACCGAGUCUCGGCGAUAUACCUGAGAGCUGCGUUGCUUGCGUGAUUCUUCACCUAACUCCGCCGGAGAUUUGCAAUCUGGCUCGUUUGAAUCGAGCAUUUCGUGGCGCGGCUUCGUCUGAUUCUGUGUGGGAGAAGAAGCUGCCAAGUAAUUACCAUGAUUUGCUUGUUCUGUUGCCUCCGGAGAGGUAUCAGAGUCUCUCUAAGAAGGAUAUUUUCGCUUUGCUCUCUCGUCCUAUCCCUUUCGACGAUGGUAAUAAGGAAGUGUGGAUUGAUAAAUUGACAGGACGGGUUUGUAUGGCGAUUUCGGCUAGAGGAAUGGCUAUUACUGGAAUUGAAGACCGCAGAUAUUGGAAUUGGAUUGCAACUGAUGAAUCAAGGUUCCAUGUUGUAGCCUACUUACAGCAGAUCUGGUGGUUUGAAGUAGAUGGGAUGGUGAGUUUUAAUCUUCCUCCUGGUGUAUACUGUCUAUCAUUCAAAAUACACCUUGGGAGAUUCUCGAAAAGGUUGGGAAGACGUGUUUGCCAUUUCGAACACACACACGGUUGGGAGUUGAAGCCUGUUCGGUUUUCGCUUUCAACUUCAGACGGGCAAGAGGCGUCGUGUGAGUAUUAUUUGGCUGAUAAGGAAAUAGGUGGGGAACACAGAGGAUACUGGAGAGAGUAUAAGGUUGGAGAAUUUGUUGUUGGUUGCUCGGAAACAUCAACUGAAGUCCGAUGGUCGAUGAAACAGAUUGAUUGCACACAUUCGAAAGGUGGAAUCUGUGUGGAUUCGGUAUUCAUUAUCCCGAUCGAGGUGAAGCGACGCAAGAAAAGGAAAGCUGCUGUGAAAUAAAUAGUUAGAAAGAAGGAAUUGUACAUCACACUUUUGCAUAUACUACAUGCUUUUGAAUGUAAAACUGUUUUUCUUCUUGAUCUGGGGUCUUGAAUUAGGUAUAACAUUGUGAAUUGAUCGAGUUAUUGUUUAUAACUCCGUUUGUUCCAGAUUUAAAUCGAGAAAUCGUGAUUGUUUUCAAAUUAUCUUUUACUUUGGUGUAAAACCUUUGUUAUAUAAUACUGUACACGUUGUAAUA